AACACUGACAAUAAAAUGAGAAACCAAAAAGUCAAAACUAUAUUUGAAACGAAAACAAUGAAAGGCAUAACCAGAAAUUUACAUUUAUGUCGACAAUCAUUAGCUAAAGUUGUACCAAAUAAAACGAAAAAGCGCGGUACAAGUACUAACGAAUGGCUCACUCGGCAAUUAAGCGAUCCGUUCGUAGAAAGGGCAAAAAUGAUGAACUACCGUUGCCGAAGUGCCUUCAAACUGGUCGAAAUAAAUGACAAGCAUGAAAUUCUCAAACCCGGAUGCACGGUAAUCGAUUGUGGUGCAGCACCGGGUUCUUGGUCACAAAUAGCAGCAAAUGAAACCAAUGCAAAUGGACAGAUUGCAACAUUACCAACUGGUUUGGUUAUAGGAAUCGAUAAAUUGCAAAUCUAUCCGAUAAAUGGAGUGCAUUUACUAGGCAACGCAGACUUUAUGAAGCCAGAAACUCAAGAUAGAGUCAAAUCGAUUUUGGGCGAUCGAAAAGUUGACUGUGUACUAUCAGACAUGGCACCGAAUGCGACUGGUGUUAGAGCACUGGAUCAGGAAAAUAUCACAAAGCUGUGCUACACUGUGCUCCGGUUUGCCGCUUUGAUGUCAUCGGUUAAUGCAAGUCUGUUGGUGAAAUUGUGGUGCAACGGUGAUUUGAAGCAAUUGGAACGGGACAUGCUCCGAUUUUAUGAGACAGUUAAAUUGAUUAAGCCAGCUGCCAGUCGAGCAGAUUCGGCUGAGAUAUUUAUGUUAGGGAAAGGAUUUGUUGGAUUGAAAACCUGAUUUUGGUGCCAGGUCUAACACGGAUUGUUGUUUUGUAAAUGUAGUCAGUAAAAGCUUCGUUAGGUUAUAAUGUUCCUUCUGUUCUUGUUAUUUAGCAGAAAAGAAUUCGAAUACAAAAAUGCUCUGACUUGCGAC